AUGUCGUUAUUAGAGCAAUUAGCAAGAAAAAGAAUAGAAAAAUCUAAAGGCCUUUUAAGUGCGGACCAGUCUCAUAGUACAUCGAAAAGUGCAUCCUUACUAGAAAGACUACAUAAGAAUAGAGAAACUAAAGAUAACAAUGCUGAGACAAAAAGGAAGGAUCUGAAGACGCUACUUGCAAAAGACAAGGUAAAAAGAAGCGACUUUACCCCGAACCAGCAUAGUGUUUCAUUGAGUUUAAAGUUGUCUGCCUUAAAGAAGUCAAAUAGUGAUUUGGAGAAACAAGGAAAAUCAGUGACAUUAGACAGCAAAGAAAACGAACUCCCUACCAAAAGGAAAUCGCCUGAUGAUAAACUCAACUUAGAAGAGUCAUGGAAGGCUAUUAAAGAAAUGAACCAUUACUGUUUCUUGAAAAACGAUCCAUGCAUAAAUCAAACCGACGAUUUUGCGUUCACAAACUUUAUCAUAAAAGAUAAAAAAAACUCGUUGAGUACAUCAAUACCGCUAUCGUCGCAGAAUUCAUCAUUUCUGUCCUUAAAAAAGCAUAACAAUGAGCUCCUUGGUAUUUUUGUGCCUUGUAACCUGCCGAAAACAACUCGUAAAGUAGCCAUUGAGAAUUUCAAUAGACCAAGUCCUGAUGAUAUAAUACAAUCGGCCCAACUUAAUGCUUUCAAUGAAAAAUUAGAAAACUUAAAUAUCAAAUCUGUGCCCAAGGCCGAAAAAAAGGAACCAAUUAACCUUCAAACACCACCUACUGAGUCGAUUGAUAUUCAUUCAUUCAUUGCCACCCAUCCUCUGAAUUUGACAUGUUUGUUCCUCGGUGAUACAAACGCAGGCAAAUCCACUUUGCUUGGUCAUCUUUUAUAUGAUCUAAACGAAAUUUCUAUGUCAUCAAUGAGGGAACUACAAAAAAAAAGCAGUAAUUUGGAUCCUUCAUCUUCAAAUAGUUUUAAGGUCAUUCUAGACAAUACCAAAACAGAAAGAGAAAAUGGAUUUUCCAUGUUUAAGAAAGUUAUUCAGGUAGAAAAUGAUUUACUACCGCCAUCAUCAACCUUGACGCUUAUAGACACUCCUGGUAGUAUCAAAUACUUCAAUAAAGAAACUCUGAACUCAAUUUUGACCUUUGAUCCUGAAGUUUAUGUAUUGGUUAUUGAUUGCAAUUAUGACUCGUGGGAAAAAUCAUUAGAUGGUCCAAAUAAUCAGAUUUAUGAAAUUUUAAAAGUGAUCUCUUAUUUGAACAAGAAUUCCGCAUGCAAAAAGCACUUGAUAAUUCUUUUGAAUAAGGCAGAUCUAAUUAGUUGGGAUAAGCACCGACUAGAAAUGAUUCAGUCUGAGCUAAAUUAUGUGUUGAAGGAAAACUUUCAGUGGACAGACGCAGAAUUCCAAUUUAUCCCGUGUUCGGGUUUAUUAGGUUCGAAUUUGAAUAAAACUGAAAACAUCACAAAAUCUAAGUAUAAGUCAGAAUUUGACUCUAUAAAUUAUGUUCCCGAAUGGUAUGAAGGUCCGACAUUUUUUUCGCAACUAUAUCUAUUGGUAGAGCAUAAUAUGAACAAAAUAGAAACAACUUUGGAAGAGCCAUUUGUAGGCACAAUACUGCAAUCUUCUGUUCUUCAACCGAUAGCGGAGAUAAAUUACGUGUCACUCAAAGUCUUGAUCAACAGCGGAUAUAUUCAAUCAGGCCAGACAAUUGAAAUUCAUACACAAUAUGAAGAUUUUCAUUACUAUGGUAUAGUUUCAAGAAUGAAGAAUUCAAAACAAAUACUGGAGACUAACACAAAAAAUAAUAUAUCAGUCGGUUUGAACCCUGACAUUUUAGAGGUUCUUGUUAAGAUUCAUAAUACCGAAGACUUCACGAAAAAGCAAUUUCACAUUCGUAAGGGUGAUAUAAUAAUUCACUCUAGAAAGACGAAUACACUAUCACCGAAUUUACCAAACACACUAAAGUUGUUAGCCUUGCGUUUAAUAAAAUUAUCAAUACAAACGCACGCGCUAAGUGAUCCCGUUGACUUGGGUUCUGAAUUGCUUCUUUACCAUAAUUUGACGCACAACGCGGUAAAAUUGGUGAAGAUUCUCGGGACUAACGACAUCUCAAUUAAUCCAAAUCAGUCACUUAUUGUCGAAGUCGAAAUUAUAGAACCAGACUUUGCUCUUAAUGUGAUUGAUUCCAAAUACAUUACCAACAAUAUUGUUUUAACAUCAAUAGAUCAUAAGGUUAUCGCAGUUGGCAGAAUUGCAUGCCAGUAA